AUGCGAGAAAAGCAGACGUCAUUGCACAGGCCCAGAUUCCCCGUUUCGAUAUCAGUAUGGCUCGCCAGAACAGCACGCGCAGCUUGUUCAAGCCUUGGAUGCCGCAUUUCGAUUCAUGAAAAUGGUGGCAAUAAUUGGCCUGAUUGCUUGGAGUCGAACAGAAUCGCCCAGUCUGAGGCAACGACAGAUCAUCUAGCACCAGUCAUUCCCCUCACCCAAUCCGAGCGCCUUGCUGCGACCCUGAUCACGGUGCUCGAAAGACCUUCAGGGUUCGGUGCACGUUUGCAACAGAUUGGCUCGUAUUUUGGACAACUCCCACCUCGUUUAGGUUGCAGCGUAGCCCUUGACGCUGCAGUCAAUUGUCUCCUGUAUUCCUUCACUGCUGUCUCCGUGGGCGAGCCUCGCAACAAUUCUCUUGAGCUGGUAUGCUAUUGUACCGCCAUCUCCGCGCUUCGACGAGAGCUGGCCCAAUACGACGACAAUGGACUACUCUCCACGCCGUCUGAAACACUCUGCGCGUCACUUCUUCUCGCUCAGUAUGAAAUCCUGAAACCUGGCCCAGCUUACACAUUCGUCACGCUUUCAGGUGGUGUCUCCGCCAUUCUCAGAGGCUGUGGCCCAGGUCGAGUGCAGUCGUCGCAGUUUGAAGUCGCAAUAUUCAUGACGCAGUAUCCGACAAUCAUCACGCAAUGCAUGUUGCGCGGUGAGGACUGCUUUCUCAGCGGACCCGAAUGGGCAAACACAAUGCGCAGGACUUGGAAUGGCUAUGAGAGCUCUAUCACAGCAGAGUUAUGGACGGCCCUUGCCAGGCUGCCUGGGUUACAGGUGCGAGCAAGGGCAAUAGAUCGAGCGACUCCAUCGUCGAGCUCGUCAAAUCUCGAUGCGGAGCUGCUCUCUCAAAUAUACAACAUCCGCGCCUCGAUCGUCUUCCGGUCUGACGCCGUCACGCAUAACCUCUCCACACCCAGCGUGUAUGCCACCUACCCACGAGCGUACCGAGGCCUAUUGCCCGUUCGCGAUUUCCGUCCUGAGACCAAGCUCGAAUCACUCCAGCCCGCGCGGUACAUCAAACAAGCCACCUUCUACCACACCUGCACUAUCCUAGUCAACACAGUUCUCCAAAGCUUGCUCUCGGCUCCCAACCCGGCGAUCUCGCUACAGACCUCACAAUCCGCAACCUACAUCCUAGAGACACUCGACUUUGCGAAGACAACCAAGCCCUUUGGUGCCUUCUAUAUGACCUUUGCGGGACCCUUGUGCUACGGGGUGCUGGCCGACUCCAUGCAGAAGGAGAUGCUGCUCGCCGGAAUGAAGCGCAUCUUUGACGACGCAGGGAUCGUCUGGACUCAUCUAUCUAUGCAGGGGGUCUUUGCAGCGUUAACCAAGGGUGGCUGGCGAAAUGAGGUGGUUUUGACGAAAAAGAGACUGCGUUGA